AUCAAUGAUAGGCAUUCAAAUCAUGAACUUUGCCCAAAGAAUUUCGCUGAUAAGGGAGGGGAAAGAGGUAUCGGCGAGUGAUCUCCAUGAAGUUAUUUGUGCUCUCAAAGAAAAGAAAGUGUCUCAAAACUUAGUGCUAAACUUGAUAGAAAACAGGGGACUUCUUAGGCUAACAAAAUUCCUACAACAAAAGGCUAAUAAACUCAUAAGAAAGAUCAGCGCACGACUCAUAUGUGAACUAAUGUAUAAUAAUCCCAAAGGACAGCUGACAUUUUCAGAGCAUUUCAGUUUUUCCUCGUUUAGUGGGUUUAAUACCAUCAAUAAUAUCCCUGAACAAAUGGUUGCCUACUUUAAGCGCAAUCCCAGCUCUUUUUCAACCUUAAAAUAACAUGGAUAAGUACUAUGAACAAAAAGAGUCUAAAGGAGGUGAGCUCUCUCAGACAUAUUGGUGCUUUCCACCCAUGAGAACUCGCACAUCCUCAGAGAAACGUAAAACCGCCAGAGAACAAGACAAAUAUAGAAACGAAGAAAACCUUAAUGAGAGUGAGAUUAAUGAAAACAGCAAGAUUUUAACCGAGGAAGAACUUGAAGAGGAGUAUAUAGAUUUUCCAGACCCAAUGGAGUAUCUCAUAGGCUUCUAUGCCAGUAGAUCUAACCCAAGCCCGUCUUAUAAAACAAAUAGCACUAAAAUAUCAUCUCAAAAUUCUUCAACACAGAAGAAUAAGCCGCCUGUGGUUCAUAAUUAUUCAAAAGAAAACGGGUCUCAAGGUGUGUAUAAGUCAUACUACAACUGUAAACGGCCAAGCAGGGGCAAGAAUGAGACAUAUAAGAUCCAGGGUGCCUCAGAGUCUUCAAUCUCUUCGAAAUACAGAGUCAACUCGAACAUGAACAGCUCUUAUGAAAGACGAAAUAUUUUUAGCAAGAGCAAGAACUCAGCUACUUCUACGAUGAAAUACUCCAAUACUAUUGAUGAUGAGGAUAGACUCUGCAGAACACUAGGAGAAGACCAGAUGAUGCAGAGCCGUAAAGAUGGCAGUCUUGAAAGGAGUAGCUAUGAACGGAAAAAUUUCGAUCCCUACGGGAGCUCCAGAAGUUACGGAUAUGAGCUAGGUACCUCAUUUAGUAAGGACAAGACCUAUAAACCUAAUCCAAACUCAUCAAGCAAGAACUCCUAUACAAAGAUGAAGAAAGAUUUUGGAUUUGAAGUAUCUCCUCAACUUGCGGCUAAUUCACACCGAGUAAAUUAUUCAGGAAAUCCUUCACUCAAAGAAAAUCCAUCGAGCAACAGAACUAGAACUACCAAAGAACCAGAACAGAACUACACAGGAGUUAUCGCUGCUGGUUCUGGAAGCGUCAGCUCUACUAAAAUCAAAAAGGAAAUAGAAGGGCGGAAGAAAAAGAAAUUUAAAAAGAUUGAAUACCUCAACAAAAGCAAAGUUGGAGUUUCAACCAUCCAUGCUACAACAGCUAUUAAAAUUGGUAGCCACACCCCUAGCUCGAAUAUAUCAGGGAUUAAAUAACAUGUAUUCCCAGUAUCAGAAGAAGUACAAGUUUAAACCAUCAUCAGGGAUAAACAGCUCCCGCGGAGUCAAGAAUAAGCCCCCACUUGGAACUAUACAUGGCCAAAUAACCUCAACUGGAGUGACAAGUUUUAAGCAGAAUAGGUCUCGAGUAAAUCCAACCUUAUCAGGAAGGGACCCUCACUCCAUGAGCAACAGGAGUUCAGAUAUAAACACGAAAUUAACUGCCACUUUACCAAAAUCAGCGACUUAUAAGAAGUACACAGCUGGAACUGGAUAUAAGCCAAGCAGUUUGCAUAAAAAGCAUAUUUCAGGCAACAAGAUUCAGGUGUACUCUGCAAAUUCUUAUCGGGACAGUAAGAAGAUGAACUUUAACUCUAUGGUUAACAAUAGUGCUAACCUAGGAAGGUCUUCAGAAAUGCCUCAUAAAACUUCGAAGAUCAGGUCAUCAAAAUAUACCUAAAAUCAUUAACAAAGGAUCCUUAAAGCCAAGCGGCUCUCAUAACGAGAACAUUGAUGGGAGUAUCACUGGGAUAAGAGCUUUGGAGACAAGCGCAUCCCCUUUCAGGAUGGACUCAAGUAGCUCAAUGACCAGGAAAAUGCAUAUAAUUAUGAAACCACAAUAAGGAGGGUAUAUAUA